UUGCCUCGAGAAUAUCAUAGCCCUGUCCACUUUCACGCCCCUCUAAAUAACGUUAUUCUACUCUUUCUCAGCGCUAUCCCAGCCUUACCGCCCCAGUUUUCUGAGCCAUGACGUCCAUUGGCACAGGCUACGAUCUUUCUAAUUCUGUCUUCUCCCCCGAUGGACGAAACUUUCAGGUUGAAUAUGCAGUGAAGGCCGUUGAAAAUGGAGGGACGGCCAUCGGAAUUAGAUGCAAGGAUGGCGUUGUGCUGGCCGCAGAAAAGAUUGUCACGAGCAAGCUCUUAAAACCGGGUGCCAACAAAAAGAUCGCAACAGUGGAUCGCCAUGUCGGAAUUGUGUCAGCUGGAUUAGUUCCCGACGGGCGGCACUUCGUCUCUAGAGCUCGAGACGAAGCCUCUUCAUGGAGAGGCGUAUACAAAGGACCAAUCCCGACAUCAGCACUCGCAAAUCGCCUGGGCAGCUAUGUUCAAGCAUACACGUUAUACUCCAGUGUACGGCCUUUUGGUAUAACCGCAAUCUUAGGAGGCUGGGACUCUGAGGCCGAGGCUCCUGUUGAUGGUCAAGUGGGAAAUGGUCCAGAUUCAGGUGCCGGUGGAAAGAUCCAAGGUGCUAAAGCCGGAGGCCCAGGGCUCUGGAUGAUUGAACCCAGUGGGCUUUACUGGGGAUAUUAUGGUGCAGCGACUGGAAAGGGCAGACAAGCAGCCAAAGCUGAGCUUGAAAAGCUUAACCUGAGUUCCGGAGAAUUAAGUUUGGUUGAUGCGGUGAAGGAGGCAGCUCGCAUUAUCUAUGUUGCACACGAAGAUAGCAAGGAUAAGGAGUUUGAACUGGAGAUGACCUGGAUCAGUUCUUUGGAUGGGCCAACAAAGGGCAAGCAUGAGGAAGUUCCCAAGGACCUGCUUGAGGAGGCCGAAAAGGCGGCUAAAAAGGCUUUGGAGGGCGAGGUCGAGGAAGAAGAGGGCACAAAGGCAUCCGCAACUGAGGAUCAGCAAAUGGAGGAGUAACGAACAGGUGCUUCGAGCGUCAAUUUUCGCUAGGGCCCGGGUGUAUGUUUCUUCUGGAGAUUUAUUUUCAAAAAAGAAAUACUAGACCUAUUUAACGUCACAUUUAACCAAGAACCAUUUUAUCUUCCCCUUCUGGCGGCUGUUCCCAUGUGCUAUAACU